AUGAAACAUUGUGACUGUCGAAAAAUUGCUAUUAUAGAAGAAGCUGCAGAAGGUAUUAAAGAAUCAAAGCAGACAACUGAUUUUUUGCAGCUGAUUUUGCACUGGAAAAAUGUGCUAGAAAAAUCUAUUGAAGACACAGAAAAAAAUAUGUCUGCAGUUGCAAUUAUAGGGAACAAUUUAGUGUUAGAAAUUGAAAGCUUAAAGAAAGAUGUAAACGAGCACAUUGACAGACUAGAGAUAGCAGUCAAGGACGAACUAACGACAAGAAAAGAGGAAAGAGUAACAAAACUGACAGACAGAGGGACUAAAGUGUCCAGCUUAAAGUCUAUAGUAGAUAAUUGGCACAACAUUUACAGAACAUGUAUUCAUGAUGGAUCAGAAAUUCAUUGUUUGAUUGAAAUUAACAAAAUGAUACUGAUGAAAGAAAAAAUGGCUUCUGAAAUACACACUGCUACAUCACACAUUGAUGAAAAAUCAUUUCGUUUUGAACGAAACCAGAUCGUAAAAUACUUACAAGAAAAUGUAAGGUCUCUUGGUUUUAUUAAUAUUGUCAAUACAAAACCGAGUACGGGUCUCCGUUUGGAGCCUCUUUGUGAUUCUUUUUCUGAAAGUUUUGUACACAUGCCCGAAACCUCCAAUUUCCGGAAAGGGACGAUAAACAAACUCUUUACUCUUUACAUAGGAGAUAAUGACAACAAUGAAGUGAGAGGAUUAUUUACUGAAGAAUUCAUUUUCAUAAGUAGCUAUAAAACAGAUAAACUUUUGAAGUUUGAUCUUAAUGGUAAGUUUCUGUGUGACCGUAAAUUCAAAGCAAGGUCAUGGUGUGUCACAGAAUUUCGAGGGGACGAGUUAGCGUUGAUAUUUGGAAGUUCAAAAGAAAUUCAUUUUUUAAAUGUUUACACAUUGGUGAUCGAAAGGAAGAUCAACCUCGCAGUUUCUGUUAAUCUUUUACGAUACAUAAGUGAAAACGACCAAUUCGUUGCUACAUGUUCAAUGGGCAGAAGUAUUUUUUGGUUAAAUGCAAUUAGCGGUGAAAAAAUAAAAGAAGAAACAGCAUCGAAAAAUCAGCAGGUUCAUUAUAUUUGUGCAUAUGGAAGCAACGGUUAUGUGUUCACCAGUGGCUGGAAUGACAAUAUUUCUUUGUUGGUAAAUAAUAGAAUUAAAUAUACUUACAAUAACAAAGACAUAUCCCGUUCAAGAGGAGUUGACAUAGAUUUCCAUGGAAACCUUUACCUUUGUUGUCCCAACAGUGUACAUCAAAUCUCACCAUUAGGAGAAUUGAUCAGAAAAAUUCCAUGUGAAGAUAUUGGCACUAGCAAUCCAUGUGCUAUAAGAUUCAAACAGAACAGUAAUUUAUUCUUGUUAACCUCAUUUGACUCCGGGAAAGUUGUUGUUGCAGAAAUAUGUUAA